GAUUAACAAUCCCCAACCAAGUACCUCUUCGGCUCCUGUAGUUACUACUACAAGUCUUAGCACAACCCAAAUAUCAAAAUCGUUUGCCCUCCCGUCUCGAACUUCAAUGACAACAGCGUCUAAUACAUUCUCGAGCCAGAUCACGUCGACGGAAACUACAGGCAUCACCCUACCUAGUCUCUUUUCAAGUUCUGCAUCAGAUCCUUUGGGAAUUACAUCCAGUUCUGACCUUACUACCCUACCUAUGCUACCAACAUCAAGCGUUGGCACAGGUACUCAUACUCUCAGUUCCACUAGCACCAUGAUCCCAAGUUCAUCGCCAUCUGCAACAUCAUCGAGCAACAAUAGUAUUCACGGUCUAUCUCCUCGAUCCAAAGCUAUAACCCUUGCUGUGAUCGGGACCGUCUUUGUUCUUGGGACGCUUCUUGUUAUGUAUAUUCGUAAACGCCGAUUUAUCAAACAACGUCGUCAGAUUGCGGCGUUUCGUGAACGGUUGGCGCAAAUUCCUGGAUUAUCAGCACUGGGAGUUCGAUCGACCUGGAGCAGUCAGUCAGGUUCAACGGAGGUCACUAGUCACAGAAGUAGUCACACGGACUAUGAUGGACUGGGGCUCAAUAGUAGUGAUAGGACUACCAUGUCAGAAAGGGAAAGAGGAUCAGGACGGUCGUAUCGAUUUACGAGCGGAUCUUCCAGUCAGAUCAUAUUCUAGAUGUCUGUGUUGGCUUUGAUGUAGACCUUCAAUACAUACAACGAAUGCUGAUUCCAUUUAUUGACCAAUCCUAAGUAGGAUUGUCGCUACACGACUUGACAUAAAUCACAUUCACAAAUAUUUCGGCGGCAUAUCGUCCCACUCGCUCCUACAGGACCAUGAAUGCAGAAAGUCAAAAGGGAGUCCGUUCGUAUCUCCUCGUCCGCUUGCAUGUCCCGUGUCGCCGUUUCUGAUAUACAUUCACAUGCUUCGAAGUGUUAGCUGAGUAGUCAGUGCUAUCACACCUCUGUUUGAUAUGUA